CUGGUGUGAGCUGGUGGUGCAGGACGUUGCUACUGGGGGUUCUAGUGGGAGUUGAGGAUUCCUGAAGUAGUGAACUGUUGACAAUGGAAAAGUAUUACCCCUUGUUACUACUGCAGUAAAGGGGCGAUUGCUGUCACAAUUGUCACUGUUGGUGGAGAUGUCUGGACUGUGGCGGCUGCCGGAGACGGUGGUGGUAGCCAUAGGUGGGAGGGCGGGAGCCAGGGCCGUGCUCCUCCACCACAGUCUCCGCAACACUGUCCACGCCCUCUACCUGGCCCUCGACCACGCCCUCUACCUGGCCCUCGACCACCCCUCCCUCCACCUGGCCCUCGACCACGCCCUCUACCUGGCCCUCGACCACGCCCCCAUCCACCUGGCCCUCAACCACUCCUGUCCACCGCACCUUGGAAAGCUUCUUACACAGAAAGACGGGGGUGUGAGGGUGUACCGGAGGUGUCUGUACUGCAACAACGGGGACCCGGACGUCCAACUUCUCCCCAACUUGAACAUCUACUCACCCGACUUUCCCGGGGACGACCUCUUCCAAGAAAGCUUUCAAGACUUCACGGGGAAUAAGAUGAAAAUAGCCACACCGACGCCAUACUUCCCUUACGUGGACUACCAGCGGGUCAGGGAGACUCCUGGAACAGCCGUCAUGUUGACCGACUCCCUUGAUGCCCGGCUCAUCCACACCUUCGCCCACAAACUCAACUUUACUUUCGAUGUCCAUGAGGCUGUGAACCGCACCUGGGGAGUGGAGACGAACGGCACCUUCACCGGGACCAUUGGUCUCCUCCAGCGAGAGCAAAUGGAAUUUUCCACCAUUACAGCACCGACGGCAAAGCGCCUCAAGGCAGUAGAAUAUCUAAAGAGCUAUCCUUCUGAUCCAUUUGCGAUAGCCUCUCUUAAGCCGACUCUUCGCCCGAAAUACUUGGCUCUUAUUCGGCCAUUUAAAGGAGAGCUGUGGGUGGGGCUGGUGGUGAGUGUUGUGGUGUGGGGCGCGACGCUGUGGCUGCUGCAGAGGGCGUGGCAGAAGGUGGCGGGAGGCCGUCGUGUGGACCUGACCUCCUCCCUCCUGUUUGGUUUUGGCGCGCUCCUUCAAAACCUGCCUUCAGACCCCUCCGUCAGCGUCUCUGGCAGGAUGUUGGUGGGCUGGUGGCUUGUGUUCUGCCUGAUAGUCACCACGGGGUUCAGCUCGUCUCUGAUGGCGCACCUUACUGUACAAGGCAGGUCCCGGCCUCUGGAGACCUUCCAGGACCUGGUGAACCAGCCUGGCUGGAGGUGGGCAACUGACUCCUGGAUGAUGACGGAAUCAGUUGUCGAUUACUUCGUGAAGCAUCCAAAUCCUGUGGUCAAUCAUGUAUAUUAUAAAAUGGAGAAGAUGCCGGUGGAGGAGGCGCUGAAGAAGGUGCUGGCCGGGGGAUUCUCCUUCAUAAGUUUCAAAAACUACGUUGCCGUCAUCGUGGCAACCAGCUACACGGCCGCCCGGGGCAACACUCCCCUCUACAUCAGCAACGACAUUCAGUUGUUCGCUACAUUUGGGUGGUGUAUCAGAAAAGGUGCACCGUUUCACAAGCGAUUCAAACAAUUGAUGACCCGCCUGGAAGCUGCUGGUAUCAUUAGCUAUUGGCAUCAAGACGUAAUAGCCAAGCGGGUGCAGGAGACGAGAGCUGCCAGGCUGGACCACAAGAUCAUCCUCAGGGAGUCAUUAUACGAUGACGGGCAGCAGGUGGUGUUGAGCCUCAACCAUCUGCAGGGAGCCUUCUACAUGUUGCUGGUGGGCUCCUGCGUCGCCUUCCUCACCCUGCUGGUGGAGAACCUCGCCCACUGCUGCUCCUCGCCUCAGUAACACCUUCCUCACCCUGCUGGGGGAGAAC